UUGUUGAGCAGCAGCGGCAACCUGGGUACACAAGUGGCCUGAGCGAGCUGCGGGUGGCCGGCGGGGCCAUGAACCUGGGAGAUGGCUUAAAGCUUGAAACUGAAUUAUUGGAUGGAAAAACCAAGCUAAUUCUGUCUCCAUAUGAGCAUAAGUCAAAAGUUUCUGUGAAGAUGGGAAAUAAGAUCAAGAUCGCAAAGUGUCCCCCUUUAAGAACAAAACAGACUGGACACAUUCUAAAAUCAGCACAAAAUAUCUACAUUGGGAGUGAAAACCUUUUUCAAAAGAGUAUACGUACUUCAGACACUUCACGGGCAAAACCUGAAAAAAGCAGAUCGACAUUUUCACCCACUAAGGACUUAUGUAAGCAGUAUGCAGAAAAAGACAGUCUUCGCUCCCAAAAGGAGAUCUCGCCUGCAACCUGUAACAUACGGAAGAUUAUAAACAGCACAGAUCCUUGUCUAGUGGCCAAACAGAAGCCUUGCAAAAAACACACCACAGCCGAAAACAUGGACAGCAGUUUGGUGUGUCUAACACAAGAACAGCUGCGACAGAUUUUGAUGCUGAGUGUAAACCCAGGCAACGGAUCUGUGUCCCUAACUGAACAUGGGAAAGAGGAGAGGACAAGCCAAGAUAGUUUACAUUUAGUCAAAAUUCCUAGUCAGCCAAAGGAGGCGAAUGUUACAGGAGUUCUGCAAAGAGCAGAGGCUGCUUCGCCUGACCCAAGUGAACGUGAGCACACCUUCAGUACAGCUCAAGAGGCGGUUCAGCAGUGCGAGCAGAGUGUUGCCAUAGAGAGUGGAUGGAGACCAGCUGACAUCUUCAGUACCCUGGGGGAAAGGGAACGUGAUAGAGCUUUGUUGGAAGCAAAAAGAGCCCAGUGGAGAAAAGAGCUAGAUGAACAGGUUGCUUUAAAGAAGAAAGAAAAAGAAGCUUCUCAAAGAUGGAAUCAUCCUUGGAAAAAAUCUGAAAUAGAAUGUGAGAAACUUCAAGUCCUUGACCAAUCUAAGGGUGAGGAACAUGACAGAUGGGCAAUGCAUUCUGACUCAUUAAGGAGUCAUCCUGGUUCUCAGUCUCGACUGUCCUCUCAGUUGACACACCAGUGCCUGGAGUCGGUGUGUGUGUCUCCUGACACUCAGGAACUGGCUGAUGUCAACGCUGUUUACACACCACCACCUGGAAUCCAGGUGGAGCCUUCAGAGGAAGAACAAAGAGCCAGACCUGUUAUGGAUAUGGCUGUGUCACAUGGUCAGAAAACAAACUUUCUCCGUUCUAUGACUGCACUCUUGGACCCAGCACAGAUUGAGGAACGGGAAAGACGCCGACAAAAGCAAUUAGAACAUCAGAAAGCAAUCACGGCUCAGGUAGAAGAGAACCGCAAGAAGAAGCAGCUGGAAGAAGAACAGAGAAAGAAAGAAGAGCAGGAAGAGGAGCGGCGCUUGGCCCGGGAGCGGGAGGCGAUGCAGAGGCAGUAUGAAGAGGACAUGCUGGAGCGGAAACAGAAAGAAGAAAUCAUGACUCUGAAGACAAAUGAGCUAUUCCACACAAUGCAGCGAGCUCAGGAGUUGGCACAGAGACUCAAACAGGAGCAGAGGAUCCGAGACCUAACACAGAAAGGACAUGAUGCAUCCAGGCUGAUUAAAAAUCUUGGUGCACAAGUGGAUUAUAAGGCAUCCACUAACAUUUCCAGUUCAAGAAGUGACACUGAGGCUGCUGCUGCUGAAACAAGUGUAGCUGCCACUUCUACGGCCUCUCCCAAAAAGGAUACUGGUGUGCAGACAGAUGACAUAAACUUAGGAAUUUUCAAUGAUGCACUACCACACUGUGGAUUGGCAACAGAGAGUGGCAUUAGAAACUUUUCUUCUCAGGAGAUUUCUGCAGAAUUCAGUGAACAGAUUAGCAUUAAACAAGAAAAGCAAGAACUAAGUAUGGACAAAGAAAACAGCUGGUGUAAUGACCAGUGUAAUCAGUACAGAAGAACAGAGAAACAAACAAAACUCAUGAAGAAAUGUCCUAAAAAACCUGCUUGGAAUAUAAACAAGCCUCUCAAAAGGUAUGUUCCUGCAUCAGCGAAGUACCCUAUACAUCUCCAGAAGGAGAAAGAAGAAAAAAGAGCACGAAGGCAGAUGGAGCUGCUUCACUUAGUAAAGAGAAACAAUCCCGAGAACCUCUCCCAGAAUAGAGGCACUUCACCAGAAGUUCUUACUUCAUCUCAUCACGAAACUGAAUCACAGAGCAUCAAAAAGGUAGAAGAACCUCUGAAAACUCCUUCAGUUAGUAAAGAAAGGUUACAGCCAUCACCAGCAGUAAAAAGUAGAACUCAGCAAACUCAGACAUUACAUUUACAACUAAAAACCACUGACUAUGAAAAACAGACUCUGUCCUUAGGAGAUGGUCAUACCAAAUUAUUAGAUGAGGUGUCUGAGCCAUCUCAUUUUAUUCCCUACAUUCGAACAAAUGAGAUAUAUUACCUUGAUCCAGAUGCACCGUUGUCUAGGCCUUCAACCCAGGACAACCAAUACCAAAAAUCUCAUGAUCAUGACCAAGAACAACAGCUAUUUGACUCUGACCAUAUCAGGGAUCCACUUCUUAAUCCUAAAUUGGUGAAAAAAAGGGAUCGACAGCAAGCUAUCCUUAAGGGGCUUUCAGAACUAAGACGGGGUCUUCUCCAGAAACAAAAGGAGUUGGAAACGAAUCUCAUACCUUUAACUGCAAAUCAAGAAGAUAAUUUUAGUUCUUCGUUUUAAAUAUGCUCACCACACAACUGCAUUUUUCAAGCACUCAAUGAAAGACUACAUUAUAUAGUGAAAUGAUGUAUUUUUAAAGAUACAAUAAAACCACUUAUAGUUUAAAAAAAUUUUUUGAUCUCUGUCAUACUAGGGUGUAAAAGUAUGUUCUACUUACCAUAGUAGAAUCGUGAGAUUCCUGACUUGCUAACAGUGUUCCUUUCCUUUAGACUUAACUAUGUUGCUCAUUUGUUCUGUGAAAGGUUCUUUUAGAGCAUGCGAAGGAAGUUCUCUUAACAUACUGAGAUAGACUCUUACUGAAAUAACACAAACUCAUUUUAGAACUCUGUGCUUUUCCUUAUCUGUAAAUCUUGUUUUCAUCAUAUUAAUGUGGAGAUUUCAGUUUUUACCAUGUUGAAGUUAG